AUGAAAGAAUUCGCUAAAUAUUUGGCUCGGCGCUAUAGUUCGGUCAAUGCUGAAGAUGUCGAUGCAGUGUCCAAUAAUCAACAUCGCAUAGAUAAUGUCGUUUGUAGCACAGGCGAUAAACGUAAAAGUCUUAGAGCAAAACGUUCGGUAAAUGCUUCCGGCAUUUUAAAUUCAUUUUUCAAUGAGCGAAGCAGUAAACAGAGUGCCCGAUCACCAAAAUGUGCCUUUCUAUUAUUGUCCCUUGGCAUAUUGGCCAUAUGUGGAGCAGUAUUAGUAAAAAUAUUUCAUCCAUAUGACUUGAUAUUCAAAUGGAAACUCACAAUGUCAGAAGGCGGCGAAAUCUUCAAUUUGUGGGCUAAACCUCCAGUGGAUUUAUAUUUAAAAGUCUAUUUAUUUAAUAUAACAAAUGCGGCCGCCUUUAUGGAGGGACGAGAAAAAAUGCAUGUCGAACAAGUUGGACCCUAUGUUUACAAAGAAAUAAUGACCCACGAGAAUAUAACAUUCAACGAAAACAAUACCAUGUCGACAAAUCCCAGUCAUCCUUUGGUCUGGCAGGAACAUUUAUCCGAAGGACGUUCCGAAGAUGAUGAAGUCGUAAUGUUAAAUAUUGCCAUGCUGGCCAUAUCCCAUUUGACGGCAGACAAACCAUUUUUCAUACGCAUGGCUUUGAAUAGCCUAUUUGCAUCGCAGGAUUCCAAGCCCAUUGUCCGUAUGACAGCCAAGGAAUUUAUGUUUGGUUAUGCCACCACACUGACAUCAUUGGGUAACACAUUUUUACCCGGAUGGAUAUAUUUCGAUAAAGUUGGUUUGGUUGAUAGGAUGAUGGAUUUUAACAAAGAUUUUGAAACAUUCCAUACCGGUGUUCCGGAUCCCAGAAUUUCUGGUCUCUAUGCCACCUAUCGUGGUUCACCAAAUCUCCGCCAGUGGGAUGGUGAACAUUGCAGCAACAUUGAAAAUGCUUCAGAUGGUGUUAAGUUCCCCAGUUUUAUAAAGCCCAAUGACACGUUGAAAUUCUUUAGAAAAAGUAUGUGCCGCCCGGUGACAUUACAUCGUGCCGAUGAUGAACUAAUCCGUAAAGGCAGUUUGUCGGGCUAUAAAUAUAUCUUUGAAGAUAAUCUGUUGGAUAAUGGUCGUGUCAAUGAGAAAAAUAAAUGCUUUUGUCGUAAAGGUUACUGCCAGCCUGUGGGUUUAGUUGACGUCACCGAUUGUUAUUACGGUUUUCCAAUUUCACUAUCAUUUCCCCACUUCAUGGAUGGCGAUCCUCGUCUACAAACCGACAUAACUGGUUUGGAGCCCAACAAGGAAAAACAUUCAUCAGAAUUUAUCAUCGAGCCGGAAUCUGGUUUACCGCUUUCAUUAUCUGUGAAGGUACAAAUCAAUAUGCACUUCCAUGAUUUGUCUGCUUAUAGUCGGGUCAAACGUUUUAGCCAUUUGACUGUGCCCAUGUUGUGGUUUGAAAUUACAUUACCCGAAUUACCAGAUUCAUUGGAUUCCCGCUUCAAUUUCUAUUUGAAUAUUUUACCCUACAUUGAACCCGUUGGUUUUUGGGCUGGUUUAGUAUUUGGUUUAGCCCUGCUACUAUACGCCGUCACCCGGGCAACAAUGCGUUUAACCACCCUCAGUAAAAAUGGCCAAACCCUGGAGGUGAAUUAUGCACGAGCAAACCUCCUACAAGUGGCCACAAAUGGUGUCUAUAAUCCAUGUGAAAUGAAAUUGUUACAUUCGAAUGAAAAUAAUAAUAUGAUUGUGCGUAAUGAUGGCCACGAAUCGGAUGAAUUAUAUACCGAGCUGCAGACUUCGAUAAAUGAAAAACAACAAGGGAACACCACUAAACAUCGUGGUUCGUUUGCCUUGGAAUUGGAACCGGCAAUCUCCAACACCGAUACCGAUGAGGGCAAUGAAAGUGAUACAGCAACCUUAACGCUGAGUCGUAAUUCAACACCAUCCUGUUCGGAUGAUGGUGAAACGAAUAAUGAUAGUUUAAUAUCAAAAUCAUAUGCAUCCGAUGAUGAUGACGAUGAGGAGGGACAAAAUUUUCAUAUAAUAUCAAAUGCAAUUCUUAUUAAAUCAUGGCCCAUAAAAAUUUCCCUGCGAACCUAUUCCUCACCAUGUUGUCGAUCGAAAAAGCAAAAUCUUCUAAAAUAUCCUGCACUAAAAUUGGAUGAGACAAUGCCGAAAUUUUUAAAAAGCAUACAACCACUACUUAGCGAUAAGGAAUAUGAACAGACUGAACAAAUGGCAGAAGAGUUUACGUGUGGUGAAGGGGCUCAAUUGCAGGAAUUACUAGAAAAAACCGCACAAUGUGAAGAAAAUUGGUUGGCUCUUAGAUGGCUUAAAUAUGCCUACUUAGCUAAUCGAUUGCCAGUUACAAUAUACUCAAGUCCUGGUAUGACAUUUCCAAUUAUUAAAUUCAAGAAUCUCGAUGAAUACUAUAACUAUACGUCUAAACUUAUAAUGGGUUUGAUUAAAUUCAAGAAACAAGUUGAUGAUGGUCUUAUACCAAUAGUUAAAAUGGGUAAAUUGGAAUUGGAUAAUUCACAAUUUGGUGCUGUGUAUGGCACCUGUCGCAUACCUCUCUCAAAGGAGGAUGAUAUUGAAUAUAAUCCCAAAUCUCCGCAUGUGGUGGUUAUUUAUAAGAAUCAUUUUUACAAACUACCAGUCUACAAUAAACAUGGUCGCAUUGUAAAUGCCAAAAUAUUGGCGGAAGAGCUUAAGCGUAUAGCUAAUACCGAAAAAACUUAUGGUAUACCUUUGGGCAUUUUAUCCACGGAUCAGCGUGAUAAUUGGGCUGAAUCGUAUUUGGAAUUAAGUAAAUGUGGCAAUAAUUGCAAAAGUCUGAAGUGUAUACAUUCGGCAUUGUUUACCGUUUCACUGGAUCAGUGUGUUGACUUUAAGGAUGCGGAUAAAUAUAAUGUUUUGUCACAUCAGCUAAUACAUGGCGGUGGAUCUAAGCAAAAUUCUGCCAAUCGUUGGAUGGAUAAAACUAUACAAGUACGUUUUAUUGAAGAUAAAACAAAACAGGGGGAAGCCAAUGAAAAUGAACGCAAAAACACAAAAACAUUCUAUUAUUUGGUCGCCGUUAUUGUCAAUCCGAAUGGCAUGAGCGGCUUUUGUUAUGAACAUUCUCCUGCAGAAGGCCAACCUAUAGCUUUGAUGACCGAAUAUUUGACAAAAAUUUUGUAA